UUGGAGAGCUGAAGGGGUCCGGAGGUCCUGUGACGCUGUUCUGGGCCGGAGAUCUAAACAAUCUAAACAUUAAACAGUACAGCUGCCUCAAAUCCCUGGGAAUUUCAGAAUGACUGACACUUCUGAAGCUGUUCCAAAUUUUGAAGAGUUGUUUGCCAGUAGAGUCACAGAAGAUGACAAAGAGUACCAGGAAUACCUGAAACGCCCUCCUGAGUCCCCUCCAAUUGUUGAGGAAUGGAAUAGCAGAGCUGGUGGGAACCAAAGAAAUAGAGGCAGUCAGUUGCAAGAUAACAGACAGUUUAGGGGUAGGGAUAGCAGACGGGGGUGGCCAAGUGACAAUCGAUCCAAUCAGUGGCAUGGACGAUCCUGGGGUAACAAUUACCCGCAGCACAGACAAGAAUCUUACUACCCCCAUCAAUAUGGACACUAUGGUUACAACCAACGGCCUCCCUAUGGCUACUACUGAUAGAAAUGUCAGCAGCUUUUAGUAAAACCAUUUACUCUGUUAACAUGACAAAAGUUUAUGUUGUAUUUUCUGUUGGUCAUAGUUUUACAUCUGAUUGUAGAGAG